GCCCUUCUUCACCGCACACCCGGAUCGCCCCGCUCCGCUCCGCUCCCGGAUUACAAAGCCUGCGCCGCCGUCGCCGCUAUGAGCAUCAGCACGAAAAACUCCUCAUACCGGCGCAUGUUCGGCGGGGGCAGCCGCCCCAGCACCGGCACCCGCUACAUCACGUCCAGCAGCCGGUACUCGCUGGGCAGCGCCCUGCGGCCCAGCAGCGCCCGGUACGUGUCCGCCUCGCCCGGCGGCAUGUACGCCACCAAGACGACGUCGGUGCGGCUGCGGAGCAGCAUGCCGCCCAUGCGGCUCCACGACUCCGUGGACUUCUCGCUGGCCGACGCCAUCAACACGGAGUUCAAGGCGAACCGCACCAACGAGAAGGUUGAGCUGCAGGAGCUUAAUGACCGCUUCGCCAACUACAUCGACAAGGUGCGCUUUCUGGAGCAGCAGAACAAGAUCUUGCUGGCCGAGCUGGAGCAGCUCAAGGGCAAGGGCACGUCCCGCCUGGGCGACCUCUACGAGGAGGAGAUGCGGGAGCUGCGGCGACAGGUGGACCAGCUCACCAACGACAAGGCACGAGUGGAAGUGGAGCGGGACAACCUCGCCGACGACAUCAUGCGGCUGCGGGAGAAGCUGCAAGAGGAGAUGCUUCAGAGGGAGGAGGCCGAGAACACCCUGCAGUCCUUCAGACAGGAUGUUGACAACGCCUCUCUGGCACGUCUUGAUCUUGAGCGCAAAGUUGAGUCCCUGCAAGAGGAGAUUGUCUUCUUGAAGAAACUUCAUGAUGAGGAAAUCCGAGAACUGCAGGCCCAACUCCAGGAACAGCACAUCCAAAUUGAUAUGGAUGUUUCUAAGCCUGACCUUACUGCUGCCCUGCGGGAUGUUCGCCAACAGUAUGAAAGUGUUGCUGCUAAGAAUCUUCAGGAAGCUGAAGAGUGGUACAAGUCCAAAUUUGCAGAUCUCUCUGAAGCUGCUAACAGGAACAACGAUGCCCUGCGCCAGGCCAAGCAGGAAGCCAAUGAGUACCGCAGACAGAUCCAGUCUCUCACCUGCGAGGUUGAUGCUCUUAAGGGAAGCAAUGAGUCCCUGGAGCGCCAAAUGCGUGAAAUGGAGGAGAAUUUCGCUGUGGAAGCUGCUAACUACCAAGACACUAUUGGGCGCCUGCAGGAUGAGAUUCAGAACAUGAAGGAAGAAAUGGCUCGCCAUCUCCGCGAGUACCAGGACCUGCUGAAUGUAAAGAUGGCUCUUGAUAUUGAAAUUGCCACCUACAGAAAACUGCUGGAGGGUGAAGAGAGCAGGAUUAACAUGCCUAUUCCAACCUUUGCUUCUUUGAACCUGAGAGAAACCAACAUUGAGUCUCAGCCAAUGGUUGACACUCACUCAAAGAGAACACUUCUAAUUAAGACCGUCGAAACUAGAGAUGGACAGGUUAUUAAUGAAACUUCCCAGCAUCAUGAUGACUUGGAGUAAAGUUGAAGAUGCAUUCUUACUAAAGGAGAAACUCUUACCAGCAAGAUUGAAAAAGUCCAUGUCUUAAAGGAAGAAACAGCUUUCAAGUGCCUUUCUGCAGUUUUUCCAUGAGCGCAAGAUGAUUAUGCUAGGAAAUAGGUCUUAGAUCUUGCAAACUGACUCUCCCUGAAGGAUUAGAGUUUACAAUGGAGUCUAGUUUACAAAUAGCAAUAUCUUGUGCUGCAAUACUGUUUUUAAGUAUCUGAAUUCAAUAAAACUGCUUUUUCCAGCACAGUAUGAGCAACCUGUCGCUACUUCAAUAAAUCUUUGGAAAAUGGC